AUGUGGAUGCUGCUGGUGGCUCUGUGCCUGACCCAGGUGAUGGGCAAUGCCAUCCCACCUGUUGAAGAAAAGCAUAACAACCCUGAGAUGUUCAUGAACAUUAGCCAGAAGAUCCGAUUCCAUGGGUAUCCCAGUGAGGAGUACAGUGUGAUGACAGAGGAUGGUUACUUCCUCAGCCUCAACCGCAUUCCCUAUGGCAGAAGGAAUGCUGGACACUCAGAAUCCAGGUCACCUGUGUUGAUAGUGCAUGGAUUUGCAUUAGAUGGUGGAUAUUGGGUGGACAACUUCCCUGACAACAGCUUGGGCUUCAUCCUUGCCGAUGCUGGGUAUGAUGUCUGGAUCGGGAACAACCGUGGCAACAGUUGGUCCCGGAGACACCUCAACCUCUCUGUGCACCAAGAGAAGUUCUGGGAUUUCAGCUUCCACGAGAUGGCCAUGUAUGAUCUCCCUGCCAUGGUGGGCUUCAUCCUAAUGCAAACCCAUCAGGAGAAGCUGUUCUAUGUUGGCCACGCUCAGGGCAGCUCUCUGGGUUUCAUAGCCUUUUCAAGCCUUCCACACCUGGGUGAAAAAAUCAAACUCUUCUUCGCUCUGUCUCCUUUCUACACCUUACGCCAUGCCAGGGGGCCCGUGUUGAAGCUGGCAUUUCUACCAGACAUUGUGCUGACGAAAAUAUUGGGAACCAAAGAGCUGGCUCCAGUGGAGAGGAAGGAGAGAGCCAGCUUUGCUCAGUUCUGUAGCAACCUACUAAGAGCUGAAGUCUGUGAAAAUGAGAUCUUCCUCGCUGGUGGAUACAACAGGGAGAACCUGAAUGUGAGUCGCCUGGAUGUGUACCUAGCUCAUUUUCCAGACUACACAUCAGUCAAAACUCUUCUCCACUGGGGUCAGACUGCCAAAACUGGUGAGUUCAAGCAGUUUGACUAUAGGCUGAAGAACCAGGAGAAGUACAAUCAGUCCUCUCCACCCUUCUACAGGGUAGAAGACAUGACGGUGCCCACAGCCCUGUGGAGUGGUGGGCAGGACUGGGUGAAUCCCCCUCGGGAGGUUCGUCGCCUUCUCCCCCUCAUCACCAACAUUGUUCAUCACCAGCACUUCCCUGACUGGAACCACUUUGACCACUACUGGGGCCUGGAUGCUCCUCAGCGCAUGUACAGGCAGAUGGUUGCUCUGAUGGAGCAAAAUCCAUGA